AAUAAAAAGCGACGCGCUUGGCCCUAGUUGAAUCGCCAUAAGCAGACAUCAAGCACAAGCACAAGCAUAAGCACAAGCACAAGCACAAGGACAAGCACAAGCACAAGCACAAGCACAAGCGCAACAACAAUAACAAUGGAAGACGAUUUGGAAAUUAUGACUGAGCAGGUAAUGCACGGUGUCCCGGUCCGCAGCGGGACACCUGCAGGGACGCCGACUGGGAAGGCGUGGACCGAGGACGCAAUGGACAAGGUCAAUGACGCCAAGGAGACCAUCAAGGACAAGGCUGCCGACGCGGCGACACUGCACAGUCAUGCCGCCGCUGACGCCAAGGAGACCAUCAAGGACAAGGCUGCCGACGCAGGCGACACGGCACAGUCGUGGGGCGAGUCCAUCAAGGAGACCGUGUUCGGCAAGGCCGACGACGCGACAGAUGCCGCCGCUGACGCCAAGGAGACCAUCAAGGACAAGGCUGCCGACGCAGGCAACACGGCACAGUCGUGGGGCGAGUCCAUCAAGGAGACCGUGUUCGGCAAGGCCGACGACGCGACAGAUGCCGCCGCUGACGCCAAGGAGACCAUCAAGGACAAGGCUGCCGACGCAGGCGACACGGCACAGUCGUGGGGCAAGACUGCCAAGGAAAAGGUGUUCGGCAAGGCCGAGGCCUGGUCCGACACAGCCACCGCCGCAAAGGACACCGUUGUCGAGAACGCCACCGCCGCAAAGGACGCCGUCCUCGGCGCAGAGCCCGAGUCCAAAGAACACUCGCUGCUCGACGACUCGGCUGAAGCCAUCAAGACCGCCGCAGAGAGGAUCCGUGACGGCCUGCCCGGCGGCGACGACACAGCCAUCCAAGGUUAACCAGCCAUAGUAAACUGAACAGUGCUCACAA